AUGGCGGCACCUCGAGCAGCUUCUUCAAGGCUUUUUACGACUUCUGUCAGGUUGUCAUACUACUCUCACAGAGGUCUUCGUUCCAGCUAUCCACCUAGACGAGAAAAUGGCGAUCAUCCCGGUCAUUCUGGUCAAUCACCAUACUCUAUCAGGUACUCAUCAAGCACUACCGGAGAAGAUGGUCCCCUUCGCCCAGAUGCAUCUACCGACCCUAAGUCUUCUUCUUCCUCUUCCUCUUCUUCUCCUCCUCCUGUCGGGUCUGAUCGACGUUAUCAAAAGACAUCUUCUUCUUUCUCCUCUCGUCCACCUUACCAAACUCGAUCUAAACCAUUCUAUAAUCCACGACCCACAACUGGAUCACCGUACAAUCCCGAUGUAUCGUCAACAUCCAGACCUUUCCCACAGCCACCAGUCAGACCUUUACAAAGGGCACCCGUCAAACAUACCCCCCACGGACGAUUUAAACGACAAGGACCCCCACCCAGUCUUCUCACGUUAGCCGAUUUGAGCCCUGGUCAAAUCUCUCGAGCCAUCUCUCACGCACUCGCUAUCAAAUACGUUGCGACCCGACUACAUCCCAGGGACCUUCCCGCUGUACUGGAGAAGCAGACCAUAGCGUUGAUCUUCUCGAAGCGAUCUACGAGGACACGGGUCGCUUCGGAGACUGCCGCCCAUUUGCUCGGUGCGAAUGCCAUGUUCCUGGGCAAGGAGGAUGCCCAAUUGGGAGUCAAUGAGACGUUGAGAGAUACGGCAAACGUCGUCGGAAGUAUGACUGAAGGAUUCAUGGCUCGAGUCAACGCUCAUGAGGAAGUGGUCGAACUGGCUAAACACUCCCCUGUACCCGUCAUCAAUGCCCUCUGUGAUCUCUACCAUCCAACUCAGAUCCUCGCAGAUCUCAUGACGUUGCAAGAAGCUUAUGCGCCUCAACCUCUAAAGACAAAGUCGACGUCAUUCGAUGCUAUCAGAACGGCGAUCAGAGCCAUGAAACCGCUCGAGUGUCUCAAAGGCAAGAAAAUGGCCUAUGUAGGAGAUACCAACAAUAUCUCCAACGAGCUCUUGGUCACUGUCCCGCGACUAGGUAUGGAAUUUGCCAUUGCCAGUCCGGAAGGGUACAACAAGGUCGAUCCACGAGUCUGGGAGAGAGUUGUCAACGCUGGAACAGAGAACAAAGUAACCUUGACGACAGACCCCAUGGUGGCUAUCAAGGACGCCGACGUUAUCGUCACGGAUACUUGGAUCUCUAUGGGUCAGGAAAGCGAAUCCGCGGCCAGACUCGAAGCGUUCAAGGGAUAUCAAGUGACCAACGAAUUGAUCUCUAAAGCUGGUGCUAAGCCCGAUUGGAAGUUCAUGCACUGCCUUCCAAGGCAUCAAGAGGAAGUCGACGAUGAAGUCUUCUAUGGGAAUAGGAGUCUAGUCUUCCCCGAAGCUGAGAAUAGGAAGUGGACGACUGCAGCGUGUUUCGGGUGGGUUUAG